UCUUCUCCACCUUCUCCACCCUGCUCCUCCUAUUUGCCACUACUCUAUUUUUCCUCUCACACACCUCACCACCUUCACCUUUCCCCUCUCCAAAACUCUCAACCUUUUAGUCUCUACAUGCACCGCCAUCACCACCACUACUAAACCCAAAUGGGCAACAUCUGCGCCAUCCUCGCCCCCAAACCUCCCCUCAAGAAAAAGCCCAUCAAGCGCCUCCCGAACCCGCCGCCCGUACCCAACUCAUCCUCCACCCGCUGGACCCGGAUCCGAUCCUCCCGCAAACAAACCCCCGACGACGCUCUCCUCCAAGAACAAGCUCUCGCCGCCGCCAUCCUCUUCCAGCAGCACCAGCAAAACGGCGGCGUUUCCUCUCUCCCCUUUGAUCGCUCCUCCUCUUUACGCUACCCCAAUACUAACUCCAGCUCCAAGAAAGGUAACAGCAACGUUUUGCCACGUAGCUCCAGCACUCGGGCUCGGUCACUCACCGACCCGCUGCUCCAGCCUCACCAGCUUGUGAAUCAGGAUGUAAAGAUUGAUGAACUUGAGACCAACCACUUUGUUCUUGUACAUGGUGGCGGGUUUGGUGCUUGGUGUUGGUAUAAAACCAUUGCACUUCUGGAAGAGGGUGGUUAUAAAGUUAAUGCCAUAGACUUAACUGGUUCUGGAAUUCAUUCAUCUGAUACAAACACCAUUGCAAGUCUUUCAGAAUAUGUGAAGCCUCUUACUGAUUUUCUUGAAAAGCUUCCUGAAGGAAAAAAGGUGAUCUUGGUGGGCCAUGAUUUUGGUGGCGCGUGUAUAUCGUAUGCAAUGGAGUUGUUUCCAUUUAAAGUUGCGAAGGCCAUUUUUCUUGCUGCGGCAAUGUUGAAAAAUGGACAAAGCACCCUUGAUACAUUCUCUCAACAGGCAACUUCAGAUGAUCUUAUGCGACAAGCUCAGAUAUUUUUGUAUGCAAAUGGGAAUAAUCAGCCUCCAACUGCUAUUGAUCUAGAUAAAUCAAUGUUGAAGGAUCUCUUAUUCAACCAAAGUCCUUCCAAGGAUGUUGCAUUGGCAUCUGUUUCAAUGAGACCGAUUCCAUUUGCCCCAGUUCUGGAGAAAGUGUCACUUUCUGAUUCGAAGUAUGGAUCAGUUAGGCGGUUUUAUAUAGAAACAUUAGAAGACAAUGCCAUACCCAUCACAGUCCAAGAGAGCAUGAUAAAUGCAAGCCCCCCUGAACAGGUCCUGCGGUUAAAAGGCGCUGAUCACUCACCUUUCUUCUCAAAGCCUCAAGCGCUACACAAGUUAUUGGUAGAGAUCUCAAAGGUCGGUUCACCUUAGAAAUGCUUUUUAGGCUAGAUGGCUAAUGAAGUUCUGCUGACACAAUAGAAAAUGCGACUGAAACCAUCAGGUAUUUAUGCAAUUGCAUUAGAGAGGUUUGUAAAACAUGUAAAUGCGCAUAUAAGUGAAAUUGUUGUGCAAGUGUUCGUUCGAUAAAAUGAGAUAUCUUCAUAUGUUCUUAGGGUGUUUUUUCUCCCUGGGGACCGAAUGACAUGGCAUACCUGAGUGUUCAGAUUUAUGCUACUGGAAGUU